UGAUUAACAUGGGUAAUCCACUGUGGUUCAUCUUCUGGCUGCUGGUCUUCUGGAUUGUUUCCUUUGCGGUUGCAUUCUUCUGCGCUUUCUUCUACAUCGUCAUCUAUGCAAUUGUUGUCUGCGUUCCCGGACUGGCGAACGUAGCCGAAAUUCUUCUGCAGGGCUUACAAUUCCCGCAUUAUUGCGCCAAGGCCAUGAUGGACUGCAAGCCCCUAUUCUAAAGGCUUAAAUUAAACAUUGCCUAAUCUUAAGUACACUAGUAAAUAUAUAAUUGUUGAUUUUGUCAGACUUUUUUAAUGAUAAAUUUUAAUUAAUUAAUAAUUGAAUGGUA